GGGUGCUGAGGGGGCGACGGCGGGAGCGGGGCCCGGGGCGGCCGGGAAGAGGAAGCGGAGGGCACGAACAGCCUGUGGUGACGAGCUGAGCCGCGGGUCCGCUCCGCCCUCCUCAGCCAGUCCUCGGGGCCAGGGAGCCUCGGGAGACCUGUCACAGCGGCGGCACCGGAUCCCCAGGCGCCGCUAGCAGGCCCCUUGAAUGCCAUUAGGAAACCAGACCAUGGAGCAGUGAUCUCCCCGCAGUUUCUUGUGUUCCUCAUCUAUCAGAUUUUGACAUGAUCAAACGUUUGGUGGAAGAUGUGCGAGCCAGGCUGCGUUCUGGAGUCACUAUCAACUCACUCGGACAGUGUGUUGAGGAGCUUGUCCUCAAUAGCAUCGAUGCCAAAGCAACAUGUAUAGCUGUCAGGGUGGAUUUGGAAGCUUUCAAGAUCCAGGUGGUGGACAAUGGCUCUGGGAUGGGGAAGGAGGACUUAAAGGCUAUUGGAAAGCGCUACUUUACCAGCAAGUGCAGCUCAGUGAGAGACUUGGAGAACCUGACUUUCUAUGGCUUCAGAGGAGAGGCUUUGGCAAGUAUAGCCAAUGUGGCCAGUGUAGUGGAAAUCUCAUCUAAGACCAGCAGGACAGCAAAAACAUUCAUGAAACUGUUUCACAAUGGGCAAGCACUGGAAGUAUGUGAAGCUGGAUUGAACAGACCAAGUGGUGGAACUACAGUCACCGUGUGCAAUCUGUUCCAUCAGUUGCCUGUGAGGAGAAGGUGUAUGGAUCCUGUGUUGGAAAUGGAGAGAGUGAGACAGAAAGUAGAGGCUGUUUCACUAAUGCAUCCUUCUAUUUCCCUUUCUUUAAGAAACGAUGUUUCCUGUUCUAUGGUGCUUCAGCUCCCUAAGACAAGAGAUGUAUACUCUCGGUUUUGUCAAAUUUAUGGACUGGGCAGGUCCCAGAAGUUGCGAGAAAUAAAUCACAAGUCUGGAGGAUUUGAGAUAAGUGGUUUUAUCAGUACUGAGGGACAUUACAAUAAGAAUAUGCAGUUCUUGUAUGUGAAUAGAAGGCUUGUUUUAAAGACAAGACUACAUAAACUAAUUGAUUUUUUAUUAAGAAAAGAAAGUGUAAUUUGCAAGGCAAAAAGUGUCCCUGCAAGCCGACAGGCUAACUCAAGUCCUGGUCGCCAUCGCUGUGGGCCAGAGUUGUACGGGAUCUUUAUUCUCAAUGUAAUCUGUGCAUACAGUGACUAUGAUGUGUGCCUGGAACCUGCAAAGACUCUGAUUGAGUUCCAGAACUGGGAUGUUCUUCUAAAUUGCAUAGAGGAAGGAGUGAAAAUAUUUUUGAAACGAGAGCAUUUAUUUAUUGAACCAUGUAGUGAGGACAUCAGAGAAUUUAAUGAACAUAAUGACUUUCGUUUGCAUAACGCUCCAGUUCUGAAUACCUCAAUUCUUGACGAGAAGAGCAUCCAAGAAAGUUUUAAGAAAGCAUGUAAUGAAAUUGUGGAUUCUUAUGAAAUGUGUACCGUGCAAUCAAAAGAUGUCAAGAGAAAAUCUAUUACUGAAAAAAAAAGUUCAACUCUUAUACAGUCAAGUAAAAAUGUGCAGGAAACUGAAAAUGCCCCAAAUCAGACCACUGCUGAGUUAUCUGAUCCAUGUAGAAACAAUAAAGCAGAGAUUUCAUUGCCAAGCAAAGAUGACACAGUUUCUGAUGUAAUGAAAUCAAAUACCUCAGAACAGGAGCCAAAAUACAGUAACAGUUCUCAAAAAGUACCUGAUGCUCGUCUGAAACCUUCAGAAUGUCUUCGUUCCUCUCUCAGUGGAGGGUCCAGAUCAGAAGUAAGAGAAAUAGAUGGUUGUGGUGACCUAGGAGAUUGUGCAGAGAUAAAUAUAAAAGAUUUGGGCAGCCAGCGAGAUCAAGUAAUACAGGAAAGCAAUAAGGUCCGUGUCUUAAAUAAGGAUGUUAUUCAGUCACUGCUUGAGAGAGAAGACCCUGCUGAAACAGCAGCAGGACCUCACACUGUCUCUGGAAGUUCAUUAAUGAGACUGUGUAAUGCAAGAAGAAACAGGGAAACAGCUGAAGUGAAAGAUGAUGCCAGAAGAGGGGCUGUUAGUUCAUUAGCAUUAAAGUUGCGCCUUACAGACCUCGUAAAAAGUGUUAUGCAAAAUGAGCCCCCAAGUGACUGUGAACAAACAGAAAGAAAUCUUGAAUUAAACACACAGCGUAGGCCUGGCCCUGUCAGUGCCAAGGAUGCUUUUGACCACAAAGUCAAUGUUGUGAUUCAAUCUUCAAAUGCUAAGGGUAUUUCCAGUAAUACUAGUAAAGAAUAUGCAGCUUCUUUUACCAGAGAAGCAUGCAUGACUGAUGGUAAUGAGAACAAACCUUUGUCACAUCGGGUGAGGGAGGAGAUAGCUAUGCCUACUGCUACCAAUAAAAGACCUUAUGAAACAUCAAAUAAUGUGGAAUUGCCCCUGGCGACUUCUUCAGGUAUUCCUCGCAAGAAAAUUGUUAUCAAGAACACUCGAAGACAGAUAGCUGUGCCAAGACCUCAGCCCUCUAAGAAGCUGAGCUUGUCCACACAGCUGGGAUCAUUAGAAAAGUUCAGGAGGUAUUAUGGGAGAGUUAAGUCUACGCUACCAACACCCACAUCAGAGCGAAGUGAAUGUGGUCUCCCAGUUCUUAAUACAGAAACUAAAUGUGACUUUCCAAAGAAUGGGAAUGACAGUCACGGUAACUUCAACAGUUGUGAAACUCCACCUGCAGAAGAUACAGAUUGUAAUAAUACUAGCCGAGGUUUUGGUUCCUUGGAAAAGACUUUAUUUUGCAGUGGAGAAAUGUCACAAGACAAACGAGCCCUUUGCCAGAGUCCUUUGACAUUGUCUGAUUACUCUCUGGUUAGUGACAAAAAUACAAGUUGUGAAAGAUCUCCAGGAUCAUUAUCAUCCAAACUGUCCAGAAUGAAAACUGAUCACAAAGAAGUAGAACAACUUGGUGAACAGUCCCAAACAGACUCAAAUAGAAAAGAUGACCAUUCUUUUGAUCUUGAAUCCUCAAAUAAUGAUUUUUUGUAUAAUGUUUGUCAAACAUAUAAAUCCUCAGUGGAAAAAGUGAGGGAGUGUGAGUCCAGCAUUUGUGAGGAGGCUGCAUGCCCCCAAUCAGAUGGUGUGAUAGCAGAGUCUGUGAAGAGUCCUGUCAGCUCAUCACCACUCAGCAGUAUAGAAGGAGAGUACACAGUCUCUUCAGGCAAUGUUUUAUCAUUACCUGAUAAAAAUGAUUGUACUAACAUCACCUGUAAAGAUAAAAGUCCGUUAGGUGAAUCCUCAGAACAAAAUGUGAAAGAUACUGAGGUUCUCCAUGCGACCUUACAAAGGAACUUGGAAUUCUCUGCCAAUGACACAAGCACAGGCAGUCCCAGGAAUGAUUCCUGUUCUGUCUGGCUGCAAGAUUUUGAUGCUUUAUCGGGUAAGACAGUAUACAUCAAUAAAGCAACUGGACUCAGCACCUAUGGCACUCCUCCUAGUGAAGGAUUUCAGGCUGCCUGUAUUCAAGAUAUAACAACACUGGCUGUGAAUGUUGUUUCAGAGAAUGGGUUUCAGUUCAGAUGCCAUCCCUUUAGAAGUGAGAUUGUGCUUCCCUUUCUUCCUAGACCUCAAAAAGAGAAGACUCGGGCAAACCAGAAUCUGAGAGAUGCUGAAGGGGAGUCUCUCCAGUCAUUGCUUUUGGAAUGGGAUAAUCCUGUUUUUGUUCCCUGCCCAGAGAUUGCAGUUGAUGUGACCAGCAGUCAGGCUGACAGUCUGGCUGUGAAAAUUCACAAUAUCUUGUAUCCUUAUCGUUUCACCAAAGACAUGGUUCAUUCAAUGCAGGUUCUUCAGCAAGUGGACAAUAAAUUUAUCGCUUGUUUAAUUAACACUAGGAAUGGAAUGGAUAAAAAUGCAGAUGGAAACCUCCUGAUUUUGGUGGAUCAACAUGCAGCUCAUGAACGGAUCCGCUUGGAGCAGCUGAUUGCAGAUUCCUAUGAGAAGGAAGCUGCAGCAUGUGGCAAGAAGAAAAUACUGUCAUCCUCCAUCUCUCCCCCUUUAGAAAUUGAAGUUACAGAAGAGCAAAGAAGAUUUCUACGAUGCUGCUACAAAAAUUUGGAGGACUUGGGUCUUGAAUUAUCAUUUCCUGAGACAAAAAACUCCUUGAUUCUUGUGAGGAAAGUGCCAAUGUGUUUUAUAGAAAGAGAAGCCAAUGAAUUACGACGGAAAAGACAACCUAUCACUAAAAGUAUUGUGGAGGAGCUUAUUCAAGAACAAGUUGAGCUAAUGCAGACCACAAGAGGAGGAGCAAGAGGGACACUACCUCUGACAUUUCUGAAGGUGUUAGCUUCCCAGGCCUGUCAUGGAGCUAUUAAGUUUAAUGAGCAUUUGACUUUGGAGGAGAGCUGCAGGCUUAUUGAAGCUUUGUCAUCUUGUAAGCUGCCCUUCCAGUGUGCCCAUGGAAGACCUUCAAUGCUGCCUCUUGCAGACAUAGACCAUCUACAGCAGGAAAAACAGCCUAAACCUAAUUUGACUAGACUGAGGAAGAUGGCACGUGCAUGGCAGCUAUUUGGGAAAAAAAAGGAACCUAUUUAAAAAAAUUUGAGACUGUAAACUGCAACCACUAGAAGCAUUGGUAUGAUCCAUGAGCUGUGUUGUUAGACUACAAUACCUUGUGGAGCCAAGUUCUGAGCCAGUGCAGUCACCAAAGUGCUCCUCUGACUACCGAACAAAGAAGCAGAGACCAGCCAGGAGAACAUGGCAGGAGGAGCUCACCCUUAGAGCCUGGAGAAGCUUCUUCAUCAUUAAGGAAUAGUGUUGUAAGUAUGGGCUCCAUAUCAGUGCUGGACUGUUGGGUGCAAGGAGUCCCAGCCACUUGCAGUUACUAAAGCAAAGCAUUUAUUUUCUGCAAGCACAGCAUAAUUCUGUAUAUAUAAUUGCACAAUAGAGAGGGGAAUUUAAAUUAGUGUAUUUUACAGUACUUUGAAAAUUGGAAGGCAUUUCUUAAUAAAGUUCACACUAAACUCACUCCUUGGGCUCAUGGCAGUGGUUGGAAUGAGGAUCAACCAGCUUCAUAUAUGGGCCAACUUACAAUCAGGAAACACUUAACUUGGCAAUGAAUGACACAGACAGCUGCUUUGUCCAGCUCCUUGCAGUUUGUGUUCUUGAGUGAGAGAUUUCUAAAUCCUUACAUAGCCCUGCAGAAAUAACUAAAUAGUUAAAUAUCCAUUUUGAAGACAACUGUUGAAGGAUUGCUGCUCCUAUCACAUUCACAUGUGAAAGCAUGCUGUAAAGCCUGCUACUGCAUCAUGUAGUGAGUCCAGGCAACUCACUACACUGGUAAAACUCAUGCU